CAUAACGAUGCAGCCUUGUCUCACUGGGCCAUUGCAGUGUUGCUGGUACGAUCGCUCGUGUAAAUCCCGGACAGUGCAGCUUGGGAUACUUCAAACCAGCACCGGAAAACCGUUCGCACCUGUGCCGCGAUCGAGGAGUGCCACCGUUUGCGCCAACAAAGCCGUCGAGCCACCAUGGAGUCCUCGCGAGGCCCGCCCAGGGUCAAGAACAAGGCGCCAGCGCCGGUGCAGAUCUCGGCCGAGCAGCUGCUGCGCGAAGCCGUCGACCGCCAGGAAACCGCGCUCCAGAAGCCGACGCAGCGAUUUGCCGACCUCGAGGAGCUGAAGGAGUAUCAGGGCCGGAAACGCCGCGAGUUUGAGGACUACAUCCGCCGGAAUCGCCUCCGCCUCGCCAACUGGUUCCAGUAUGCCCAGUGGGAGCUCGAGCAAAAGGAAUUUGCCCGCGCCCGGUCCGUCUUCGAGCGCGCCCUCGAUGUGCAUCCCAACAACACGCAGCUGUGGAUCAGGUACAUCGAGGCCGAGAUCAAGAACCGCAACAUCAACCAUGCUCGGAACCUGCUGGACCGCGCCGUCACCCGGCUGCCGCGCGUCUCCAAGCUCUGGUACAAGUACGUCUGGGUCAUGGAGAUGCUCGGCGACGUCCCCGGCACGCGUCAAGUGUUCGACCGGUGGAUGAAGUGGCAGCCUGACGAGGACGCCUGGAACGCCUACAUCAAGCUUGAAAAGCGCUACGGAGAGUACGAAAGGGCCCGGCAGAUCUUCGACGCUUUCACGAGGGUGCACCCGGAGCCGAGGACCUGGCUGAAGUGGGCCAAGUUCGAGGAGGAGUACGGCACGAGCGACAUGGUCCGUGACGUCUUCCAGACCGCUAUUCAGACCAUCGCCGAGACGUUGGGCGACGACGAGGUGGACGAGAGGCUGUUCAUCGCUUUCGCCAGAUUCGAGGCCCGCCAGAGGGAGUACGAGCGAGCGCGCGCCAUAUACAAAUUUGGCCUCGACAACCUUCCCCGGUCCCGGUCAAUGGCGCUCCAUGCGCAAUACACCACGUUCGAGAAGCAGUUCGGCGACAAAGAGGGCGUCGAGGACGUGGUCCUCACCAAGCGGAGGAGGCUGUACGAGGAGCAGGUGAAGGAAAAUCCCAAGAACUACGACGUGUGGUUCGACUUUGCCCGGUUGGAGGAGAGUGGCGGCGACCCAGAACGCGUCAGGGAGGUUUACGAACGGGCCAUUGCCCAGGUGCCCCCAACCCAGGAGAAGCGCCACUGGAGAAGGUACAUCUUCCUCUUCCUCUUCUACGCGAUAUGGGAAGAGCGGGAGGCAAAGGACGUUGAGCGUGCCCGGCAGAUCUACAACACCUGCUUGGAGCUGAUACCCCACAAGAAGUUCACCUUCGCGAAGAUCUGGGUGGCCAAGGCGCAUUUCGAAAUCCGACAGGGGCAGCUGACCGCCGCGCGGAAGGCUCUGGGGCGGGCGAUUGGAAUGUGCCCCAAAGACAAACUCUUCAAGGAGUACAUCACUCUGGAGCAGAAGCUCUAUGAGUUCGAGAGGUGCCGGACUCUGUACGAGAAGCACGUUUUGUACAACCCGUCAAACUGCCAGACGUGGAUCAAAUGGGCGGAACUGGAGCGUGGCCUCGACGACCUGGACCGGACCCGCGCCAUCUUCGAGCUCGCCAUCAGCCAGCCGGUCUUGGACAUGCCCGAGGUGGUCUGGAAGGCCUACAUUGACUUUGAGGAGGAAGAAGGCGAGUACGACCGGACUCGCCAGCUGUACGAGCGCCUGCUCGAGAAGGCCGACCACCCCAAGGUCUGGAUCAGCUACGCCCAGUUCGAGAUCAACGUCCCCGACGCGGAAGAGGGCGCAAACGACGAGGCGGAGGAAGCCGAAGAAGCCGAGGAGCGGCCUGUCAGCGAGGAGGCCAAGGCCCGCGCCCGCCGCAUCUUCGAACGUGCGCACAAGAGCAUGAAGGACCGCGAGCUCAAGGCCGAGCGCGUGUCGCUGCUAAAUGCCUGGCUGAAGUUCGAGGAGACGCACGGUUCGCCCGAGGACAUCGAGAAGAUCCGGAAGCAGAUGCCGCGCAGGACCAAGAAGAAGAGAAAGCUGGACGACGACACGUGGGAAGAGUACAUCGACUACAUCUUCCCCGCCGACGACCAGCAGGCAAAGAACCUGUCGAACCUGCUGGCUAUGGCCAAUGCUUGGAAGCAGACCGGCGGCAGCAUUACCGGAGGCGACUGAGCAAGCUUCUGGAGCAGCUUUGCCAGUGCUUGUUUUAUUCUGUUCAGCUGCGCCCUGUGCCAGAUAGAGGGUACUAGGGCGGUGCGGGAAAGGGCGUGUGCUGCCACACGAAACGGAGCAGACUGAAUUCAGCGGCCGUGUCUCUCAGUACCAAGAAAGAAAAACGCUCUGGUGACCAACCGUUGUGCCCCGCUGUCGUGUCUUGGGCGUCCGCGGUCACUGCUUCCCGGUGUGCACCCUCCCAAAGACUGUGUCCGUGAGGCAAGCCUAUCCUUCCCCGUCCCUAAUGAAGCUACGACAGCACCGGGAGUGGAGUGGCUUCACAAUAAGUCUACAUAGCAAACCCAGUCCGUAGGUCAAGCCGGUUUGCUAGAGCAGCGUCAAACCAAGCGUCGAAGGAAGUGGGGACGGGUCAACGUAACCACGCUACACGGCUUGGAGACUGUGUCAUCACCAAUCGCCAAGGAGAUGUAACUAGAAAUUUUGUCCCGAAGCCCAAAGGAGGAUCAAAAACCGCCAGCCAUAACUGCAGCCAACA